AGCCAAACCAUCUGUUCCGCGACAUUGUGUACGGGCUUCCCGAAGUUGUGGGGGCGACCAUCGAGACCCAGAGUUCGGCGAGAAGCAAAAGAGGUACCGAAGCCCUGCGGAGGGAGUGGGCAGAGAGUUUCUCAGGCCAAGUCUAGUCAGACCCUUCGAGGUGAGGACCCCCAGGGUCCUUGAUUCCGGAGCGGGACGGGACGAGAGUGGCCAAGAUGAAUCUAGAGCUGCUCGAAUCCUUUGGACAGAACUAUCCAGAGGAAGCUGAUGGCACAUUGGACUGCAUUAGCAUGGCCCUUACUUGUACUUUUAACAGGUGGGGCACUCUUCUAGCUGUAGGUUGUAACGAUGGCCGAAUUGUCAUUUGGGACUUCUUGACAAGGGGCAUAGCAAAAAUCAUAAGUGCCCAUAUUCACCCGGUCUGUUCUUUAUGCUGGAGUCGAGAUGGUCACAAAUUGGUGAGUGCGUCAACUGAUAAUAUGGUAUCUCAGUGGGAUGUUCUGACUGGUGAUUGUGAUCAGAGGUUUCGUUUCCCUUCUCCUAUCCUGAAAGUCCAGUACCAUCCCCGAGACCAAAACAGCGUGUUGGUAUGUCCAAUGAAGUCUGCCCCAGUCAUGCUUACGUUAUCUGAUUCAAAGCAUGUUGUCCUACCGGUGGAUGAUGAUUCUGAUCUGAAUGUGGUGGCUUCUUUUGACCGACGCGGGGAAUAUAUCUAUACGGGGAAUGCUAAAGGGAAGAUCUUGGUCUUAAAGACAGACACUCAGGACCUUGUUGCUUCCUUCAGAGUAACAACAGGAACCAGCAAUACCACAGCUAUUAAAUCCAUAGAGUUUGCUCGAAAAGGAAGUUGCUUUCUAAUAAAUACUGCUGAUCGCAUAAUCAGAGUCUACGACGGGAGGGAAAUCUUGACCUGUGGUAGAGAUGGAGAACCAGAACCAAUGCAAAAGCUGCAGGACUUAGUGAACAGGACACCUUGGAAAAAAUGCUGUUUCUCUGGUGAUGGGGAAUACAUUGUUGCAGGUUCAGCACGACAGCACGCUUUGUACAUCUGGGAGAAGAGCAUUGGAAACCUAGUGAAGAUCCUCCAUGGCACAAGGGGAGAACUCUUGCUAGAUGUAGCAUGGCAUCCUGUCCGACCUAUCAUCGCUUCAAUUUCCAGUGGUGUGGUAUCCAUAUGGGCUCAAAAUCAAGUGGAAAACUGGAGUGCUUUUGCACCUGAUUUUAAAGAGCUGGAUGAAAAUGUAGAGUAUGAAGAGCGGGAGUCUGAGUUUGACAUAGAAGAUGAAGAUAAGAGUGAGCCGGAGCAGACAGGUGCUGAUGCUGCAGAGGAUGAGGAAGUGGAUGUAACCAGUGUAGAUCCCAUUGCUGCCUUUUGUAGCAGUGAUGAAGAACUGGAAGACUCCAAAGCUUUAUUGUACUUGCCUAUUGCUCCUGAAGUGGAAGACCCAGAGGAAAACCCAUAUGGUCCUCCUCCAGAUGCUGUUCAGACCGCCUUACCUGAUGAGGGAAUAGGCUCUGAGAAGAAGAGGCAGUCCUUGUCUGAUGGACCUCAGCCACCAAAGAAAAAACCCAAAACAACCAACAUAGAACUGCAGGGAGUACCCAACGAUGAAGUCCAUCCGCUGCUGGGUGUGAAGGGAGAUGGUAAAUCCAAGAAGAAGCAAGCAGGCAGGCCUAAAGGAUCAAAAGGUAAAGAGAAAGAUUCUCCAUUUAAACCGAAACUCUACAAAGGGGACAGAGGUCCUUUACCUCUGGAAGGAGCAGCGAAGGGUAAAGUGCAGGUGGAGCUGGGACAGCCUUUGCCAGCAGGUGGUGGUAUCUCAGAGCUUUUAUGAAGACAUCCUGACCUCUUCCCUGCCUUCCUUUAUUUCCUGUGUUGGCAUGAUAAUAUGGAAUAAGAAUAAAAUGUUCAGUCAGAUAACGGACUGACUUUAAGCUACUAUGGUAAGGACAAGUGACCUGGCUGCCUAUUGAUACAGGGAACAUUUUUUUAAAAGAUGCAAAUUAUGGAAGAGGAAAAUGCUUUCCCCUAAUCAUCUCUUCCUGCCAGCAGCGAACGCACUGUUGACUCUCAGAAAAGAUUUGUACAGAACCUGAUGGACAGGAACUGCUUUUUGCUGGUUAGUCCGCAUAUUGCUCCCUAAAGUACCAAGACGUCUGUCACAGAACAAGACAACCCCCUUGUCUCCAAGUUGAGGUCUUGCAUUAGUUUCUGUUGCAUCCUUCUAUUCUGGACAGCAUGAAUGCUGAAGUUACGUUUCCAUAAAGACCCAUCAUGCUGCUGUAUACCAGCACAUUCCUGUUGCAUUGUUAAUUGAAGCAAAUCACUCUGUGCACUCUCGUUUUCUCUGUGUUACUCACACUGGCUUGUAAUGAGUUGGUAGAAAUGCUGUUAAUGCUUAGGUUCCUCUUAAACAGCAAGAUGACUAAUCUUCCAAGUUGACCUACUUUUGCACAUUUAGAAUAAAUACUUGGAAUGCAAAUGGUUCCAGAGGAUGACUUAUAAAGGGGUUUAUGACUAGUUGGAUAUGAAUUGUGAACCGGGGAGGGUGGAGUCGGCAUAUAUCUAAAUUAAAAGAUGGGGUGGAUAUGAUGCCAGGUAAAAGCAUGAGUGGCACACUUCUCAGCAUGUUUCCAGGUAUCAUCUAAAGAUGUGCUUGUUUUCCCUCCACUUCAGGAUGUGUAGGCAUCUCCCUGGGCAUGGUGCAUGCAACUUCACACAAGACAUGGAAAAAAACUGAGAGGAAGCUUGAGUCACUUGUGUUUCAGCUUUGCAUCCUAUCCAAAGCCAUCCACAGAUUUUUUUUUUCUGGGCCUAUAUUAGAAAAGUUGCAUUCUGUGUGUUCAUUUCUUGCAAGUGUAGUUGUUUAUCCAAAGUCGUAUCAGUCUCCUAAUUUAGGAGAUUUAUAGAUAUAGAUAUAGAUAUAUAGAUAUAUAGAAGAGCAUCUUGCAGGAGGUACAGAUAACCUUGUGCCCAUUGAGUGAACUGAGGAAUGGGAAGAUACAUUUUAAGUUGCAAAUAAGCUUUUUUACUGGUUUUGCUUUAAGCAUACUAUCCUGUGCCCUCUUCCUCUAAUAUAACAUUGGUUUGAAGUCCCUUAUAUUUUAUUAUAUAAUAUAAUUUAUGCUAUCCCUAACCACCAGGCUUCUGUGUCGCCUUCCUCUGUAUAAUCCUGCCACCUUCAACCUGCCCAGUCAAUCUGAAGUUGAGCUUGGGUAACAACAGCUAUAUUGCAUAUAUGGCAUUGUGGACUGCACCCCCCCCCCUGCAAGUUUCUGUGGUUUAGUUUUCUUUCAGCUUUUUAAAAUUAAUUUGAUAUUCCUGUAGCUUGAACAAAACCCAACAGAUAGUGAUUGCUUGCUAGUUAUUUGUAAAAUACUGUGAAGUUAGCUUCUGUGUUUGUAAAUAAAGAAGUAUGUUUCAUUAAAUUAUGUGAUUUGUAUAUAUAUAUAUAUAUAUAUAUAUAUAUAUAUAUAUAUAUUUGUAGAACAAGCUUUUUA